ACUUGUAACGGCGACUGCCCCACUAUUAGAAAUGUAUACGGUAUGAAGGGAACAAUUCGAAGCCCAGUGUCGGCAGAUGGUUGUAGGCAAAGUUCUACUGAAAAUUGUGCAUGGGAUUUCAAACACCCAGUUAAAAAAGUUAACUCAAUGCUCCGAAUCAACUUUUCUACAAAAUUUAUCCCAAAAGAAAGAAACCUGAUACAACUAGGUGGCGGAUGCUGCAUGCGGAGCGACUACGUCAACUUCAACUCGAUAAAUGAUCAGGAAUGUUGGGUUUCGUACAAUUCUAAUCUCUGCUUGGAUCAAAUUUUAAGAAUGAAUUGCCAAACCAAUGGUUGGGCGUUUAAUAAAAUUGAUACGAGAAUUCGGUACCACUGUCAACCCACUGCAAUGCAGUUUGAGAUGUCCUACGAAUAUAUUGACUGUGUAACAGGUAAACCAAUAAAAUCACCAACGACCACGUCGACCUCGACAACAACCACCUCACCCACAACUACGAUUCGAAGAAAAUUUCGUCUCGAACCUACUGCCCAAUCACAAACUUCUCUCAAACCAACUAACCAAUUACAAAGUUCUCUCAAACCUACUGACCAAUCACAAACUUCUCUCAAACCAACUAACCAAUUACAAAGUUCUCUCAAACCUACUGACCAAUCACAAACUUCUCUCAAACCAACUAACCAAUUACAAAGUUCUCUCAAACCUACUGACCAAUCACAAACUUCUCUCAAACCAACUAACCAAUCACAAAAUUUUCUGAAAUCAACUAACCAAUCACAAAAUUCUCUCAAACCAACUAACCAAUCACAAAAUUCUCUCAAACCUACUGACCAAUCAGUAAAUGAUCUGGUUUCUACCGACCAAUCGGAAGAUGAUCCUGCGGCCAUACCUUACCUUACCAUCGGGAUUAUUGUCGGCUCAAUUGUGUUCGCAUUCAUAUUGCAAAUCGUGGUGGUCGGAGUCUAUAUUCAUUGGAAAAAAAGGAAACUUGUACAUCGACAAGAAGACCAUGGGAUUCCAAUUCAAGAAUUAGGUACUCCGCAACCAGCUAACGCAUCCACUGUUAUUUACGAGGAAAUCGGUGAAUAUAAUCCGGCAGCUGUCACGAGUGAGACUGAAUACACUACAAUGAACCCGGUGUUACGUCAUAAUGAAGGAGAAUACGUUGCUUGUUCGUCGUCGUCAGAGCCACAUUACAUCCUGCCCGAAACUCUGCCCCAGCGCCGACUCUAAGUCAUCGCAUCUUUGCAGCCGCUGUGGACCUCGUGAUAAUUUUAGGGCAAAUUAUUGAGUUUAUCAAACAAAAAUACUGUACAAUUUAGAUGAUAUAUACAGGCUUGUCCAUGGGAAACGUCCCAUGGGAUGGGACACAUUUGUAUUUCCCAUGGGACACGUG